AUGCAGUGGCUCGACAACUACGGUGACCAACGCUACGACGGCCACGCCGUGCAGAAGUGGUUGGCAAGCAACGUGGAUGUGUGCGUGUACAUCGCCGGCGCAUACCUCGCCUUCGUCUUCACUGGUCCGCGGGUCAUGGAGGCCCUGUUCCACGGCAAGCCGUCGGUGGCCAUCAUCAAGAAGGCGUGGGCGCUUUGGAACCUCGCGCUCUCAGCCUUUUCGCUCUACGGCUGGCUGCGUGUCGCACCGCCACUACUGCGCCAUCUAAUGAAGGAUGGCAUGCACGACACCCUCUGCACCUUCCACGAGGACGAGUUCUACACCACCAAGGUUGGCUUCGCCAUGGGCAUGUUCGCCAUCUCCAAGGUGCCCGAGUUCAUCGACACGGUCUUUCUGCUAAUGAGGGGCGUGAAUCUGAGCUUCCUCUCCUGGUUCCACCACGUCACGACGUACCUGUUCGUGUGGUACAGCUACCAGCAAGGGACGAGCAUCUUCAUCUGCGCCGCUGCCAUGAACUACUUUGUGCACUCCAUCAUGUACUUCUACUUCUUCCUGUCAGAGGCCGGCUUCAAGAGCCUGGUGAAGCCGUUCGCCAUGUACAUCACGCUGCUGCAGAUCACGCAGAUGGUUGGUGGACUCUUCGUGUCGGGCUACGUACUCCUCCAGAAGCUCACCGAGGGCACAUCAAAACCCAAAACCUGCAGCGGCACGUCCAUCUCCACCGCCCGCACGCAGCUGGUGAUCUACAUCUUCAACUUUUACCUCUUCUCAGAGAUGUUUGUGAAGGGGUACGUGCUGCCACGCAAGGCGCCGGCUGGCGAGGCAACGGCUGUUACCGCCCCGUCGAGGAAGGCCGCGUAA